UUGUGUUCGAAUCAGUAGGUCUCCUGUUAUAUCUGAGUUUUGCCUCGACCUGUCAAUCCGUUUUUGAUCCUAUUGCCACUCCUAACCAAUUCCUUAAAAUUGACUCAAAAGAUUCAUGACCAGAACGGAACUUGCUGCUCCAAAAAAAGCAGGUGAUAUGGGGAAAUCCCAGCUUAAAAAAGCAGGUGAUAUGGGGAAAUCCCAGCUUUUUUAUUUGCUUUUGUAUAACACAUUUGAGGCCUUUUCUUAAGCCUUUCCUGUUCAUAGCUGAGUUUUUUUUUAAUCAACUUUGAAGAAAAAUCGUUAUUCUAAGAACCUUGUUUGGAUCGUGAUUUUUUGUAGAAAAAUUUUACGUUUUUUAAACACAUUUUUCAGUUAUUUUUUUAUUUUAUAUAUAUCAAAUUGUUACAGUAUGUUUUUUUAACAAAACUCCUAAAAAUAGCAAUCUAAAUGGGAUAAAGUUGUUUUUUUGGCUAAGCUUCUGCAAAAGUCAAAACUAUAGGGACCGCUGUUCACCACAGAAGACGGACUUUUCUUGCUAAUUGGGUAUUCAAUUUUGACUAUAAGAUCCACAUUUUACACUAUUUACCAAUAUACCACAAAAAUAUUCCUAUAUGCUGAUUUUAGCAUGUUUAGCUUUUACUACACAACUAAUUCAUUAACUUUUCGAGAUAAAACAAUUUAUGAAAGUAGAAUCAUUCAUAACUUUUCAUUUGGGGGUUGGAGGGAGAGAACCAACCUCCAAACCAAAUAGGUGACUUAAAUUACGGCUCAAUUCACCAUUUAGAUGCACAUAUUUACAUUUCUCGUCCCUUUGCAUAUAUGAAUUUGGUGGAUUGAAUUUCACUUUUGGAAACACAGACACCUUAGGCCCUUCUUGGCCAAUGCCUAUUGAGCAAUCCUUACACAAAUCUUUUUCUACAGUAACAAAAGCUUGUCAGAAACUAAUUCUUUUAUUACACUAAGAAAAAUUGGUUAUCAGAAAUGUUAUAGAUAUAACCCUGCAGUUUUGAUCCUUCUCAUGUAUAAGUAAAUAUGAUUGUAAUUGUUCCUUUUUUCCUCUUUUCUAUUUUGUUUAUUGAGCUUAAUGAUCAGUGAAAUCAUGCAAUCCUACUCAAAGCAAGUGGCAGAACUGCAUGAGGUGAUAAUCAGAAUGGUAUUUGAAAGCUAUGGGGUUGAGAAAUACUAUGAAUCUUUCAGAGAAUCAAUAGCUUAUGUGUGUCGAGUCAACAAGUACAGAGCAGCAACCAAGUUCACUGAGAAAUAUGUAGGUUUGGUUGCCCAUGCAUACAGACUUGAGUUUCAUGACCAUACUUCAUCAAAAUCAAGUCAAUGGUUUGGAGGUCAGGUCCAAUGAUGGAAGUUGGAUUCCAGUUGAUUUUCCUCCCUCGUCCUUCGCUGUUGUUGCUGGUGAUGCAUUGAUGGCAUGGAGCAAUGGCAGGAUACAUUCCAUUCAUCAUCGAGUCAUGAUGGCAUCAGAAGAGCCAAGAUACUCGAUUUUGUUGUUCGCCUACAAGAAAGGGAUAGUGGAACCACCAGAAGAGCUAGUCGAUGAGCAACACCCUUUACUGUUUAAGCCAUUUGACAAUCUUGAUUUGGUUUCUUUGGCCUACACAGAAAGGGUGAUCGUAACUGAAGAUAAGCUCAAAGUCCUUUUGGCACUUAAGGACACCAUUUGUCCCUCUUGAAGUGCUGGUGGUGGCUGCAUCACCUAAUUUACAUGAUACACAUUGGUGUUCAAGAACUACAUAUAUAUUUUAAAGGAUACACGUUUCU